CUGUUUCUCUCCCCGAUCUUGAAUCCACGCCACUCGUUACCGUUAUCGCGCCGGAUUCUACUCGAUGCCUGCGGAGGACGCAGCUACGGCCGGUAUGCACUCUUUGCCUGUCGAGAUCAAGCAGAUGAUCGUGGAGGACUAUGACUUCGGACCGUUGGACCUUUUCAGUCUGUCCCGUGUGGAUCAGACGUUUCGGUCCAUCGCCGGGGAAGACGGUCUCUACGAACGAUGGACCUCUGAUCUGUACAGAUACAAUCCAGAUCUGGGGCGUUCUACACUCUCCCGAAGAGCACUCGUCGUGCUAUCGCUGCGACGAAGAUGUUGUGAUUGUAAUCGAAGAAUGGCAGGCUUGUUGUAUGUUCCAGCCAUGAAGAAGCUCUGUGCUCACUGUAUGGCGGCCAAUGACGCCUACCGGACGAUACCGGUUCACGUGGCGGAGUGGAUAUAUUCUUUCAAGGAGGACGACUGCGACUUGAUUAUCAUGACUACGCGGGUAUCACACCCCAAGAACGGCAGACGCUUCGACGCUGCUGUUAUGUUGGAAGCGGAUGCUCAGUCAAUCGCUCGGGAAAAGCAUGGAGAGGUCGUGUUGGCGGAGAUGCGACGUGCCCUCGAAUCAAUCCUGGCACGCGAAGGACCGGACGAGUCGUCCAAGAGGGUCGUCAACAAAGCGAAUCUACCACCCAAGUUGCAACCAGACAUCGGAAAGGAGUUUCCAGUGCGCUUUCCUAGCCCCAAGCUAGUGGAAGAGAUCCGAUUCUUCUUUGACCGUGAUAUGGAAUACAAAGUGCGAUGGAAUAGCAUAGCACAUCUCGGCUGGCUAAACGUCUAUGAGUCUGGGCGAACCAGCGUUUGGCCAAGAUCCGUGUGUCCGAUCUGUAGGAGGUGGAGGAAACUAUGCCAUGAGAACGGAAAACGAAUAAGCACCAGCGAGGACUCAGGCAAGGAACUUCCCCGCUGGGCGUACGUCACGGACCUAAGAUACGGCUCCGAUGAGGAGGAGGAGCACUUGACCGAUCACGCCAUCCGUGACUCCGCUAUGCACUGCGAUGAACUGUCUUGUCCGAACGCCUGGCUUCCCGGAAAACGUCGUCUGGUCGUAGCAAGCCCCCGAGUUUGCGCGACCUGCCUACACCGUCGCGCCGUGCGCGAUCACAGGGAUAAUCCCGAUGCGUUAGAGCAAGAAGAUACGUCAUACGAAGAUGGCGGUCAUGAGGACUUGCCAAAAGAAGAGCCCGAUACACAUUUGCAGUAA